AUGCAAAGUCUAAUGAUUGUAAAAUCAAUAUAGGGAUUUAAAGAUGCAGGCCUUAGACUUGACAAGUUUCUGUUAAAGAGAUCAAAGCUACCAUGGACUUUAGUUAAUAAGCUACUCAGAACAGGUGAAGUAUAUGCUAUGAAUGAAUCUGGGAAAACUAGUUCUAAUCUUUACAAAUUGCAAAUAAAUGACAAAUUUUACUUCCCCAAGUAUAUAAACUUCGACUCUCCAAUAGUGGCUAAUAAUGACAUGAAAGAUAUGUUCCAAAAAUGGAUAAUUUAUGAAGACGAUGAUAUCAUUGUGAUAAAUAAGCCAGCUGGAAUUGCUACUCAAGGUGGGAUAAAAAUAAAGCUAAGUGCUGACAAAUUGGCUAUGAACUACUUUGAGGGAUCAAGAUUAAUGCAUAGAUUGGAUCAAAAUGUAUCUGGGAUUAUGGCAUUUGGGAAAAGUUCUAAAGCUUGCCAAUUAGAUAUGGAAGAAAAAGAAUAUAUUGGAAUUGUUAAAGGGAAGCCACUGAAAGACAAAGGAGAAUUGAGUACUUUCUUAAAAGAAUCAGAAGAGGGAUGGCAAGAAGUCAAUGAAGUUGGGAAGUUUGCGAAGACUUUUUAUGAAAUGCUUACAACUUCAAAGUAUUUAGGAAGCCCUUUUUCCUGCUUAAAGUUUAAACUUGUGACUGGCAGGAAGCAUCAAAUAAGAGUGCAUGCUUCAAAAGUUUUGAAAUGUCCUUUAGUUGGAGACUAUAAGUAUGGGUUUGAUUGUUCUGAGUUUAAUAAGGAAGAUCGAAUAUAUAGCCUGAGCUUAGAUUUGGUCUGGAUCUUCAGCAUCAUCUGGGCUUGCCAGACUGAAAUUUUUCAUAAAACCAACUUCCUAAUGAAACUGGGAUAUUUAACUAUAGGUAGAGCGAAAACAAGACUUGGAUUAUAUCUUCAUUCAUGGGGACUAAAAAUAAAAGGAAAAAAAUUAGAGGCUGAACUUCCUCAAGAUUUCAAAGAUAUGCAAGCAAAGUUGGGUCUACAUAAUUUACUUAAAUAA